AUGUCUUCCUUCUCUGAGAAUUUAAUACCGGGCUCCGACUUUCUUCCUCCAGAAUCUGCGCAACUGCCUCAAUCAUUAUUCGGUGGCCCUAGCAGUGAUGUCGGCCAGCAGCCCUCUUCUCAGCCAGAACCACCGAGAAGUUCGCUUUUCGCAGGCCCCUUCUCCCAAUAUGCCAUCUUAGACCCUGUUCCAGAGUCUGAGCCUAUGGAUGAAGCUCCAGAUGGACUCGAAGAUGAACAUGACACGAUCAUGCGAGAACGGCAAUUCACGGCUGACAACGACUCUGAUGCCGACAGUUUUCACGGAAGUGAACGCAGAGGCCGACGGCGUUCAAGGCGCAAUUUAAGUUCUGGGCCUGUGGAGUAUGGCCCGCCUGCAGAAUCCAGCCAAGCUAGUAUGAAUUUAGCGUCUGAGCCGAUUCAAUACAUAAUUAACCGAGGUCUUGACCUGCCUCCUGGCACCGAACGACCAAACUUAUUCGAAGGGGCCCCAAAUUCGUGGAGAAAUUACAAUGCCGAUGAUAUUGGGACAUAUGAAGCUAUGAUCACAGAUCGGGGCAGAGAUCUGAGCGCUCACCUUUACAACUCUUACGUGCUUCGCAGGCGAAUGGAAGCUGCUCUGCAAGAGAAUCCAUCAAUCGAUGAGAACACACUACCACUCAUGCCUAAGCGGUGGACUGCAUGGCCGGAUCGUGCUGCGAAAGUUCCACGUCUUGACGAGACUUUGCGCAAUUACCUGGAUGAUCCCGGUACUAUGUAUAUGGCGCCCGACCCACGGCCCAGCGCAAAUCUAGAGGAAAGCAUCUCGACAUUGAUGCUAAAGACCGCCAAGGAAAAAUAUCAAGCUCGGGAGUGGGAUUACGAAGAAAUCAAAAACGACAUGGAUGAGAAGGUCAAUGAUGAGGAUUCAAUGGAAACCGAAAAUCCUGAAGAUCCUGAAGAUUCCGAAGAUCUCGAGACCAAAGAGCACCUUGAACCCGUUGUUUCCGCCGUCAUGCGGCCAAUAAUCCAAGCGGACGACGAAAAGUCAUAUCAACAAGUACGGCCGCUGGCACGCAGUAUCAUCUCCCAAGUAGACAAACUGCUGUACGGACUUCAUUGUGCCAUGAAAGGUCGUAUGUAUGAAGAUGACUGCGAUGACGAGGUUACUGAAGACGAAGACGAAGAUGAAGAAUACCCAUGGGACUCAUGGGACGAAGACGAAUACGGAUACGAGGACAGCGAUGAGGACGAAGGAGAGGUGCACGCAAAGAAGAUGAAGAGGGGGGGGGAGGAGGAGGAGGAAGAAGAAGACGAGCAACCACAAGUAAGGAACCUAUUGCAGCAAACGAAGAGACACGGGAGCAGAAGUCUAUCCCGCACCAUCAACGCACGCGCAUCUGCAGAAAAAGAUGCGGAAGACGAGCGUCUGUCAAAUAAACUCCGAGAUGGCGAUGAGUCUUGUGAUUUCGAGGACAGCGAGGACGACAUCAGUUACCUCAGGGCCAAACGGAAUCUGCGUGACUGGAGUGAAGUGCUAGGGCUAGCAGGGAUGAUGGACAUAUCUGCUACAGCGGUGAUGCGCGCCUCCAAGCGUUGUGCCGACCUUUUCGGUGAAGAUAUGGAAUUCCACACAAUGACCGAAGGCCGGGUGAAAAAGCGGCGCAACAAGGAUGGCGAGUGGAGAUAUACCUACACGGAAAGCGAAACCGACACCGAAGAUGAUAUGUGUCCACCAAGUCCAUCACGAAACUCACGGUCAAUAUCCCAGCCAGAUUCAAAGUCUCGAUCUCGAUCAAGGACCGCACCGAUAACCCCGUCCAAGAAACGCUCCAAGAAAUACAAAACUCCCGCCUUGGUUCCUGCGUCUGGAUCCUCGUCCCCGGCUCCAGGAUCUGCAAUGAAUACCCUAGAACCACUCGCACCCACGAAGAAGCAGCCGAGCAAAUCAAGGCCAGGUCUUGGAAAGGGCGCUCAUCGAAAGGUGGAUCUUGUUUGUCCCUUGGAGAAUUGCCCUCGGCAUACGAAUGGCUUCUCACGAACAUGGAAUCUCAAUCAACAUAUGAAGAAGGCUCAUCCUUCAUAUGUUCCUCCUCCGGCUGAAGAAUCAAAUGAGCGGGGUGCUGUCACGCCUGGCAAUGAUGGGAUUAUCGAGGUGGACUAG